AUGGCGCGCGACGCGUCGUUGGCUGACUUCGCGCUACGAGCGAGUGAUUUCUUGUACGGUGACCUGUAUCGCUAUGCGGCACCAUCAGUCCGAAACCUGAGGGAGCGGUUGAACCCUCUAGAACUAUACAACGAGGAAGAAUUCCGGAUGAGGUAUCGUUUCAUGAAGCAGUCUGUGGUGCACAUACUGGAAGAGCUGCACCUCAACAGGAGUGAUGAUAACAGAGGAGAGCCUCUCCCGCCUUUGCUAAAGCUGCUAAUCACUCUGCGAUUCUACGCAACCGGCGCGAUGCAGUGUGUUGUUGGGGACCUUGUCAACGUGUCACAGCCGUCGGUGAGCAGAAGCAUCUGGGAGGUGACGCAAGAAAUUUGCGUGAGACUCUUCCCGAAAUACGUGCGCCUACCUAGCACUACAGAAGUGAAAUCCGUGAAGAGAAGAUUUCACGAUAUUGGUGGCUUUCCGGGCGUGACUGGCUGCAUUGACUGCACGCACGUGCAAAUAAUCAGUCCCGGAGGAGACAACGCGGAAGUUUAUAGAAACCGAAAAGGCGUAUUCUCCAAAAUGUGCAGGUAAGCUGUGACGGGUCCCGAGCUGCAGUUUUUUGACAUUGUUGUAGGUUGGCCUGGGUCUGUUCACGACAGCCGCAUUUUUGCCAACAGUCGCGCCAUGACGUUGUACGAGCGCGGAGCUGCAUCUGGCGUGCUUCUGGGCGACCAGGGAUACGCCUGUCUGCCGUACCUCAUGCCACCUCUGAGAAACCCCAAGACAGCUGCAGAAAAAAGGUACAACAAGAGCCAAAUCAAAACAAGAAACACAGUCGAAAGAACGUUUGGGGUUUGGAAAAGACGGUUUGCCUGCCUCAAGACAAAGAUUCAAACAAAGAAGGAGAGGACUUGUGCAAUAAUAACAGCAUGUGCAGCACUUCAUAACGUGGCGUCGAAAUUGCGUGAUCUCUGGCAUAAUGGCGACGAAGAAGAAGACGCAAGUGAUCCAGGGCCUGCACCACCUGACACAGCUCGUGGCAACCAGCUGCGAAGGCGCCUGAUUGACAGACGCUUUUCGAGCAUUGUAGCUCAGAACAAUGGAGACACAGACUGACCGUGCAACACCUUGUUUAUUUGGGGUU